GUGCGGACUAUAAAGGCGAGCGCGGAAGGCGGCCGCUCACUCCGCCGCCCGCGCAGCUGCUGCAGGGAUGCCUCGCCUCGCGGCCUUGGCCCUUCUCGGGCUGCUGUCGCUGUCUGGACUGGACGCCAUCCUGCGUGCCCCAAAGAUUCAAGUGUACUCAAGACACCCACCAGAGGAUGGAAAGCCAAAUUACCUGAACUGCUACGUGUCUGGGUUCCAUCCGCCCCAGAUUGAAAUCGAAUUGCUGAAGAAUGGGGAGAAGAUGAAAUCAGAGCAGUCAGACCUGUCUUUCAGCAAGGACUGGUCUUUCUACCUGCUGUCCCACGCUGAGUUCACCCCCAACAGCCAGGAUCGGUAUAGCUGCCGAGUGACCCACGUCACUUACCCACAACCCCAGGAGGUUAACUGGGAUCGAAACCUGUAAGCAGCACCAUCAAGAUUUGAAGAUUCUUCUUUUGGUCUUAAUUCCAAAUUCUCUUUCCUUGCUCUUUAAUACCAAUAUGCUUUUAUGCUUUAUGCACAUAAUCAGAAGUCGUAUUCAUGUUACCACAAAUUAUACCUUGGGUGCUACGUGUCCAUGUUUGACCUGCCUAGGCGGGUGCCUGUAGUGGAGGUGCUGGCAUCUUAGAGGUUGGGGAAGAUAGAAUUUCAGAUUUAACAUCAACAUCUGGGUGUCUUCUGCAUACAAAACUGAGUAAUAAGAUACUUAGGCAUGUUAAAGUAAGCCUCCGAUUUUGUAACUUUGGUUACAAUUUUGGGAAAAUUUUGAAAAGAUAAUUUUUAGAAUUAUGGAAAUGUGUUAAUUUUUAGAAUUAUGGAAAUUGUGCAUGAGGCAUUUUGCAUAUAAAAUUUAUGUUAUCUCCUAUAUCUGUUAGAAACUUGGUUGUGCCUGGUUUUACUAUAUUUUUAUUUCACUAAUUAAAACAAUGGUAAAACACUGUGUUCAGCUUCUCAAAGGACCAAUAACUGACUUUUCAAUAUCAGAGGGAUCCAGAGCAUAGCAGAAAGUCAUCAUGAAUGUGAUGAAACAACUUCCUACCUAAAAUUGUAUAUUCAAUAAAAAUCUUUUAAAAAAA